AGAACAGCACUGAGGUUUACCUGAAUUUGGAGAUAGUUUGUUAGGAGAUGUCUUCUUGUUUGUGAGUUGCAUGCUUUAGGGAAAGGGCUAAAGCAGAGUGGAUGAAGACCGCUGCUUGAAUACAUGAGUGCUAGCUGGUGCUUUUAUAAUGAUUUCAGUUUUUAUUCUAAGUUUUUAUUUGGGGCACCUAUUGAAGAAAGGAGGGAAGAGGCUUAUGCUUCCUGUAAGGAAAGGAGGUCCUAGGCAGCUAUGCCAAACCGUUGCACUGGAGGAGAUAAACAUGCUGUCUUGGCCCCAGCUGUUUUUGAGAAAGAGGAGAUUUCUGGAGAGCAUACAAAGAUAUAUACUGAGUGAAAUAGAGAAAGUGGGUUGUACUGAGCAAGGACCACCUGAGGAGUAUUACACUAUACGCGGAGAUGCAUUUGACAAGAUAAUAGCCUAUGUUGCUGCAUACAAGAACAACCUGAUUUCAGGCAAGCAGGAGUAUGAGACGUUUAUUGCCACAAUCAAGAAUGACAAAAGAACGCAUUUUUUUCUUCGUGGGAGAUUAAAAGUUCUGGCAUCUGAGCCCACAGCUCUGUUAUACUACAGGAAAAGAGCAGUAGAGUUUGAAGACAAGAUAAAGGCUGUUGAGAAGAUUUCUACAAAAAGUCAAAAUCUGAUACUGAGAAUUCAAAAUGUAAGAAAGGCACCCUCUAAAAACUUUGACACCCUAGGGAAAACAGUAAAUUCCGCUAAGCGUACCCCAGGUAAAUCUAAUAUUCUGCUAGUCUUACAGGAGGACUGGUUCAGUGAAUUACUUUCAAGUGGUCAGUAUGAUGCAGCAGCAACUUCUGCAGCAAACUCUUCUAGAGGAAUUCUCCUUAAUGAAGAAACUCUGAGGAAACUUAAAAGGAAGAAUUUCAACUGGAAAUACAUAACUAGGUUGCUUAUUAGAGGGGGAACGUCCUUAACAUUUGACAGAGGUGCAAAUAUUUUGGGACUUGUAAACUCAGGUACUGUGGCUGGAUGGCAUGCAAAUUCAGCCACAACUCUGGAGGCAGUCCAGCGUGCAUUGUCUGAACAACGAUUAAAUACAGCAAUGCACUGGGUUACACAGCAAAGGCUGACUUUUUCCGAGGCGUUAGGAGGUGUGAUUUAUGACUAUGGGAAAGUGGAACCAAGCAACUUGUCAAAAUGCCUGGCUUUGGCUCAGAUUGUGUAUGAUCAGUCUGGUGUGCACAAGAAAGUUGCUUUGUGCCUGUGUAAGCAGGGCGAAGUUUAUGGAGCAGUGGAUUAUAUUCAGCAACUGCGGCAUUUUUCUUUACGUAAAAACGAUACAGUCUGUACUGCAGAAGGCUGGAAGAAGAUUGCAGAUACAUGUGCAGAAAAUAAACAUGAAAAGUAAUCUCUGGAAAUCAUCUCAAUUAUCACCUCACAGGAUGGAGUAUUUGAAAAUUUGCCACUUGAAGAUGAAAAAGAUGCAGUGUUAAUGGAUCAUAUUUUCUGGUAGUUCUGUGUAACAGCAGAGGGAGCUCUUAGAGCAGUCAAGUGAAGAAUCCCUUAGCUCUUUGGACGAGCUGUAGUAAACACUAACGCUUCAGAAAAAGUGCUGAGAAUAAUUUUACCAUCAAAUAUCAGUUAUUUGUACCUUUUCACAUUUCUUUGUGCGAGUGUGUGUAUGUCUGUAUUUUGUUUAACUGGAAGUAUGAUCUCUGUGUAGAAGACAAUUGGUGCAGUGUACUCUGGAAUGAUAUGCUAUGGUAUGUUGCACAUCUACUUUCUCUUGCCCAUCCAGUUCUCCACUUCUGUGCAUCGUGUCUGUCCUUUGGUACAGAGCUGGAGGGACAUGCCACACUAAUUCUAAACCUUGUGCCGUAAGGGAAAUCAGUCUGAGCGGAUCAUCGUUCUGAGGGAGCUGUGCAGCAGUGCUUUGUACAACAUAGACGUACCCGGAUGCCUUAACUCGCCCCCCACCCCAAUAGGCCGGAAGGGUCAAGCACCAUCACUAGAGUCAUAGUACAAGUUCAAUUAUGAAAAUCUAACAAAUUCUGUCAAAAUAUAACACAUGCCUACUUAGAACAAAUCUAGGCAUCAGUUAUAUGCGUCCAACUGCUGCUGAUUGCUGUGGAAUUGCAUGAUUUGAGGGCCAUAUUCCACAGUAAGAGUCAGUAUUGGAAGCUUACCUGGCUUAUAUCGAUCACUAAGAGAGGUAAUUCAGUCUUA